GGUACAGUCAGACACCGAGCACUGCGGGAGCGGAAAGCGUCAUUUGGGCGCAGAAAAACGAGACUUCUGGUUAACGGAGAAAUACGGACAGAGGAGGAGGAGCUCGAGGAGUAACGCGUAAAAACAAACCGAGAGUGAUUCUCCUCCGCAUCAGGAUGGAUUCAAAAACAGGCAACACCCGACAGCAGCGCGGUUCACCCCCAUCACCGGCCGACCGACGCUGACGGCCCAUCCGCCCCUCACCGAGCCAACGGAGCUCCGGCCGUUUACUUUCACCUCCAGCGGGACCGAAGUGCCUCCUUCAUCCGCAAUGAACAUCUAGAACAUCAUCAGGCGAUGGUUUAAUAAACAGAAACAGGAAGUGAAUGUGUUCACGGCUCACAGCAUCGAGUGUCUGAGAGAGCAGAUCACAGCAUAUGCUGGAGUUUGUGAAGGAUGAUGCGUCGUCACAGAGUGUUCUUGAUCUGCACGGUGGGGCUGUGCGUCAUAUCCUUCCUGCAUUACUACAAGGCUCUUCACUACGUAUCCCUGCUGAGGGAGCUGUCUGCACCCUACCCCAACAUCAAGUCCUUCAUCAUGGUCACUGGAUUCUUCUGGAAGGAAGGGACCAGCCCGCUGUCUAGUGUAACCCCUGAGGAAGGACCUCCUCUGUCUCGCGAGCUGUCGGACAGUAAGGUUAGGGGUGGAGGAGGUGUAGCUCUGCAGCCGUGGAGGAGACCUGAAGAACCACAGCGCAGGAGCUCAGCCACAACAGAGGUUCAAAAGGAAGUUUUGGUUGCCUGGCAGCCCAGUAUUCCAACCAAUCCGAAGCCUGGCCAAAAGAGAGAGAGCGCGGUCAACGUUGUGGUGAAGAAACAGCAACCCCAACAAAUGUCAACUCCAGACCCGCUGGGUGACUUGCACCGUAAAAAACACGAACUUCGGGAUAGCGGCAACCCUUAUUUUGUUCGCACCAAAGCAGGUGCUCUGUGCUUCCGUCAGGGGACGGAGUUUGCACCCCUUAAAGACGAGGUGUUGAAAGCAAGACCCACAGCAAAUGGAUCAGGUCAGCGGAGAAUACUGCAGAUGCCUGACGAGUCCAAAACUCAAGGCAAAUCUGUGGAGCAGUCCGGCCCCGCUCGAGGGAAACCAAAGCGUGGCAAACGGCUAGUGAAGUGCGUUUGUCGGCCAGGGUGGCACGGCUCAUACUGCGGAGUGCCCACUAUGGUGUACCACUCUAAUCUGCCCACUAAAGAGAGACUAACGCCACGUGACAAGCCCCGACGUGUCAUAAAUGCCAUCAACGUGAACCAUGAGUUUGACCUGCUACACGUGCGGUUCCGUGAGCUCGAUCAGGCUGUGGAUCUCUUCCUUGUGUGUGAGUCAAACUUCACGGCAUACGGUGAGAGACGUCCACUGCAAUUCCUGCAUCUGCUGCACAAUGGAACGUACAAUUACGUUCACCACAAGAUCAUGUACAUCUUUCUGGAUCACUUUCCCGACGGCGGCCGACAGGACGGUUGGAUCGCCGACGACUACCUGCGCACUUUUCUGACUCGUGAUGGAUUGUCUCGAGUGAAGGGUUUGCGGCACGAUGAUGUUUUUGUCAUCAAUGACGCUGAUGAAAUUCCGGCUCAGGAAGGCAUUCUUUUCCUCAAGCUUUUCGACGGUUGGACGGAGCCUUUCGCUAUUCACAUGCGGAAGUCACUGUAUGGAUUCUUCUGGAAGCAGUUGGGAUCCCUCGAGGUGGUGUCGGGGUGUACUAUCGGAAUGCUGAAGGAUGUCUAUGACAGCGAUGGGAUCCGGCUCCGCCGUCGGGAAUACUAUACCAUGCCGGGAUUUCGAAAGUACGAGAAUGACACCAGGCAUAUCUUGGUGCAAUGGUCCAUUGGAAGUCCGUUUCAUUUCGCUGGCUGGCACUGCUCCUGGUGUUUCACGCCAGAAGGCAUCCACUUCAAACUCAUUUCAGCUCAAAAUGGUGACUUUCCUCGGUGGGGCGACUAUGAGGACAAGCGUAACCUCAACUACAUCCGGGAGCUGAUCCAAACGGGGGGCUGGUUCGAUGGCUCUGUACAGGAGUACCCACCCACAAACCCUAACGAACAUAUGUAUGCCCCUAAAUAUAUGCUAGAUCAUUACAAUCACUACCGCUACUUGUUGGAGAACCCGUAUGCCAGGCCGUCCAAGCUGGGUGGUGCAUAGAGGAGUCUGGCUAGUUUAUAAAGAUGCUUGAUGAAAGACAAUAAAGAAGGGGAACGGAUGUUGGGGGAGGGAGAAUAGAGACCACCGUCCAGUUCCUCUGUUUCCUUUUUCUCUCUCCAAUUGGUCAAGACCCUCUGCCCCACCCAACAUCCAAUGGCAGAAGACUUAAGCCGGUAUCAUUUGAAGACAUGCCUUGCAGAGAACUAAAGCAAAUCUUUCUGUUUAGUUAGACGUUUACAUAUGAGGGACUAUGAGAGACAUUAGACUCUGCGUUAGAGACUCCCUUGGUUCAUUGUUAGUGACUGUACAACCCCUUUCUUUGUGAGGAUGUGUAUGUGUGUGCAUGAAUGAAUGUGUGUUUGUGUGCGAUUUCAUUGGUGCACUCUUGCUUGCACUCCAGAAUCCAAAAAUGUCUCUGGGUUUGUUGACAGCUUGUAAAUUCCUCCAGACUCCUUAAGUCAUUGUGUACCAUUGUAGGAUAUUCUGAAUGAUUUUGUGGACGAGAGAGAAAGAGAGACCAUUUGAGAGAAACAGACCAGUGUUUGAGCUCUGCUGGGUUCUGAUUGUGCUGAUAUAUGAGGCGAUGAACAAAACAAAGUGCUUCGAUUCCUGUCAGUGCAGAGCAAGCCAGAAAUGAUCUUCCUGUUAGAGAGUAUACUGAAGCAAAGAAAAACAGAGCAGUUUCCAAAAAUAACCACGAAGAUAUGUAGUGCUUGUAAACAGGGGACAAUGGUAACCACCCAUUUUACCAUCAAGUAAAGCACCGAGGAGACACGGGCCCUGUGUAAAAACCUAAUGAGCUGCCUAUGUUAGACCCAAAGUCUGUUCCAAGAGAUAGGAAGCACAGUUAUGCUUGUAAGGUACUUUUAUUUGUAUGAACACUAAGACAGCAUUACAUGGAAAGGGCAAUGAAUUUGUGGUUCAACUGUCAUAGAUACCACCUAUUUAGAGCAUUCCACAUUGCUUACUGAGGCUGUUCAGCUGCAUGUGUACGCAGCACACACUUGGGUUUGAAACAGAUCCAUGUAGUGUUUGCCGGUUGGCUCAGUUGUGUUGAUGCACAGAUAAGUGUUCACUGCAUACAUCAGGGUUUCAAGCGAGACAACGAAACCUGGAAAUUCCCUGUUCUUAAAACAGUGUAGUCAGCUGAUGAAUCAGAGAACUGUGAGGAAUACAAUGAUCACAGUGGCACCAGAGAUCUGAGGAGUAUCAGAAGAUUUGAAAGGGAGAGUUCUGGGAUAACUCAUAAUCAUUCACUAAUGAUGUUUAGCAGAAUGCUUACACUGCUCUUUAUGUAAAUAGUAACUGGAGCUGUUAAAGUCAACAUGAGAUUAAAAUAGACUUCUUAAUACAUGUGCAUGGUCAUAUAGAGCGCAACAGUCUGAAUCUGGAAGUAAAAAGUCCAUUUAUUUUCUCCUUGGGUGACGAGACAACUUUAACGACAGAUCUGCUGUGAGCUCCGAGGUUGAAGACAUGUGAGUGUUUCAAACUCAUGUUUAAUAGUGCAAGACUUGGUGAAGAACUACACUACCCAUAAUCCUAAAGAAAGAUCCACCAAUCAGAUGAUCACAUCAAAAGAGCUCCGCCCACUCCCAUGGCUCACUGUGAAUGACGCAAUCGAGUCGCUCUCCCGACACUCUCAAACUACUGAUAUAUUUGUCUGAAUAUUUUGCAAAAGAAUGAAAAUAUAUACUUUCUUUACUAUAAUCAACAACUUUUAAUCAAUAGUUUUUAAUGUCAUUACAUAAUUUGCAAUGCUUCAUGGCAUCGUAGUUCAUUUCCUCAUUAAAGACGUUAAGUACACAGUCUUGGGGGUCUGUGUAUCUCAGUGAGUAUUGACACUGACUAUCACACCUGGAGUCGUGAGUUUGAAUCCAGGGCGUGCUCAGUGACUCUAGUCAGGUCUCCUUAGCAACCAAAUUGGGCCGGUUGCUAGGGAGGGUAGAGUCACAUGGGGUAACCUCCUCGUGGUCACUAUAAUGUGGUUCUCGCUCUCGAUGGGGCGUGUGGCGAGUUGAGUCUCUGGGGACGGAGUUGUGUCUCCGUGGCAACACGCUCAACAAGCCACUUGAUAAGAUGCACGGGUUGACGGCCUCAGACGCGGAGGCACCCGGAUUGAGGCGAAUCACUACACCACCACGAGGACGCAAAAGCACAUUGGGAAUUGGCCAUUCCAAAAUUGGGAGAAAAGGGGAAAAAUCACACACUCUUGUACCUUGUCAGAUUUUCAAACACAUUGUUGCUUCAAAAGUAAGUUUGUGAUGUUGUGAUUCACCUCAGAGCUGGUUGGUUUGGCUCUUGGCGCACGACUCUUUAAUGAAGGAUUUUAGGAAAUCCCUAAAGGGAAAAUUAAUGAGGAAAAUACUUCCGGAACCAAGAUGGCUAAAAAAGUGGUUGGGCACUGCUGUGCUAAAGUGCAAAAGUUGUGCAAAGUUGUGUGUUUUUGUGCAAAAGUUUCUGUGCAUGUUAUUCCAAAGAAUUGUUUUUUUUAAAUAUGUGACGUUACAAAAGUAAAAUGGGUUUUAGUAAAAAGUUUCAUGUUGACUUUAAGCUCCAAAAAAGGGCAAAUGUCUGGUUUUUACAUGCUGCUAUUAACAGUUGAGCAGAUAUGUGCGGUGUGAGUUCUUAUGGCAGCGAGUGAAGGGUGUGUUUGUGUUUACACGGGGGCAGGAAGGGAAACACUGGACCUCAGUGAAACACUGGAGUCAUUUGAGGCCACUGAACAUUCACACUAAACUAUAUAUCAACACAAGAGAGUAAUGCACUCACAAAUAUCUCUAUUCCCUCCCCCACACACUGAAAGAUUGUGUUGUGAAGCGUCUGAAGAUCUGAUUUCAUUACAGGUCCAUUUGACGGAGAAAAAUCUUAUCUAGAAAUCAAGGUCUCUCUCUCUCUCUCUCUCUCUCUCUCUCUCUCUCUCUCUCUCUCUCUCUUCCUCUUUUUUUGCUUUUCAUUUUUCUUGUCAUUUUUGUUUAUGUGCUGUUUGCUGUUGUAAAUGUUGUUGCUGUUUACAUUAUUUGUCUUAUUUAUUACUCUCCUGUUUCUGUGUUUUAAAGGGACGAUUGUUCUGUUCGAGGAGAGAGAUGUAAAAAGUCCUUUUCUGACACGUCUCACUGAAACAUCUCGCUCCUGCUCAUUCUUCCGUCCUCUCACGCUAUAAUAGUCACCUCCGACACCGAUCGUUUAGGAAACUGCCGUGAACCGUUUAGGCCUGAAACAUACUCUACGCCGUUAUUUGUGCUCCUUGUCAUCUUGCUUACGUAAUUAAAGGAAUACUUGACCCAAAAAUUGUCAUUCUCUCAUUAUUUACCCACCUUCAUGCCAUCCCAGAUGUAUAUGACUUCCUUUCUUUUCAUUUGAAGAACAAUAGAAAGGGAGAUGGAGGAGGCUGGCAUGAGUGUGAGUAAAUGAUAACAGAAUUCACAUAUUUGGGUGAACUGUCACUUUAAUGGAUGUUGUGAUAACACACAAUCCUCAAGGGGGCGACAGAGAUUCCUUCAGAUGUCUGCGCCAUUAACAUGAUGUGUUAUUAUUCAGGCAGCUAGCUAUAAUCAUGUCAGUUUAACUAACUGCACACUAUUGCUCCUCUAUGAUAGUAGUUGACCUGAAAGAGAAAACUGACUGUAGAAGACAGCCGCUAAUUUCUUCUAUAGCGACUCUUGUGCUAACGCUAAUGAACUGCUGUCUGAAACGUUUCAGAACAGUAUAAGCAUUUGUGUACUCGCAUAUGAGUGUUUUUCAGGCCGUUAUCUUGCUUUUGUCUACCUGUGAAACUACUUUUCUCAUGUAUCAGGGAGUUUGAUUUAUUCAUGCAAAGUACUGACAUGCAACUCAUGUGCCGUUUGUUCGGUUUUGUGUUCUGUGAUAUAUUGAUGAAUGCCACAGAUUUUAUAACAGAAUAGCAGGUGUUCAUCCGUGUUUCAAUACAGAUCAAAGGGAAUGAUGAUGUUAAUCAUGAGGUGACACACACACACUCACUCACAGACAUAUAUACACACACACACACAUUCAUACACUCUCACACACUCUCACACACACACACACACUCACAGACAUACACACACAUACACACAAACACAUUCACACACACACUCACAGACAUACACACACACAUACACACAAACACAUUCACACACACACUCACACAUACACACAUACACACAAACACAUUCACACACAGACAUACACACAAACACAUACACACACAGACACACGCAAACAUGCACACACAUACAGAUACACACACACUCACACACUCUCACACAUACACACAGACAUACACACACAUUCAUACACUCUCACAGACAUACACACACAAACACACACACAUAUUCAUACACUCUCACACACACACACACACACACUCUCACAGACAUACACACAUACACACACACAUAUUCAUACACUCUCACACACACACACACACACACACACACGCAAACACAUGCACACAUACACACACUAGACUUGUAGAUAAGACCGCCUAAACCGAGACCAAGACAGACCAAGUCGAGACCAGAGCAAAUUUUAUGACCAAGGAAUUCGCUGACAUGCUACUGACUGACUGUGCUCUUUACGCUCUACGCUACACUCACUCACUGAGGCAUAAUGUUAUAUGGACGGAUGAGCGCCAACGGCUGUCACAAAAAAAUACAUGUGAUUGGUUGCAUUUGAAGGGCGCGAAAUAAUGAUACUGUUGCAUUAUCGAACGUUGUGUCGUCGUGGAUAUUGUAGUAUUGUAUUUCUAAAUCCCCCGACCACUAUGUCGGUCAGAGACAGCGAGACCUAGACAAGACCGAGAGGUCCGAGACCAAGACAAGACCAAAGGCCGUGACAAGACUGAGACCAUGUAAAAGUGGUCUCGAGACCGAUCUCAAGACAUACAUCACUAACACACACACACUCACAGACACACACACACACUCUCACACAAACACACACUCACAGACAUACAUCACUAACACACACACACUCACAGACAUACACACACACACACACUCUCACACAAACACACACUCUCACACACACACUCUCACACUUGUAAUUUUUCAGGAAAUAACAGCAUUGUCAGGUGAAAUAAACUCUGCUGUCAAACUGUUCAUAUCUGCACUGCAUUACAUUAUUUCCCAACUGUAACUUAUUCAGCAUUGUCUGCUUUAAUAUAUUAAAGGAUGUUUUCUCUCUUUC